AUGGGCAGACGGCCUAAUGCCCUGAUUCUGCAAUACUUCGAAAGAGGACCCAAGUUGCAGGACCAGAGCAAUCGCUACCCUCAUACCUGCAAAUCAUGUGGUGAACACUUCCCUCGCGGUCGCCUUGACAGCCUGACGAGCCAUCUCACCAAGAAAUGCCCUGCCAUCAGCGAAGCCGAUCGAGUCAGCGCGUUGCUCACCCUCUCGGGGAUGGGCCAUGCAUCCAAGACAUUCCAGCAGAGCCAGCAGGCUCAUGCUCACCCCCAGGUCUCCGAUGGCUCUUCGGUCGACCUUCCUAUGACGUCGCGCGACUGGACUGCUCUUGGAGUGCUGGCUGAGGUCUCGAGACAAAUCGACUUGAAUGAGAAGAAUGACGAUCGCGGCCAGAUGACGGGCGCAAUCCCAAAUACCCAUUUGGGGACUGCACAGCCUGGAGAACGCUUUGAUAUGCAAGAUCAAUUCAAUUUUGACAAUCCGCCGUUGAAUCAGGACAUUGGCGCGCAGAAAGACCCGAAGGUUGAGCCGCCGUCGCCGAACGCCGGCGACAGAGGCCUCAUUACCGACGAGCGACUCCAAGAAAUACUACGCGCAGAAAAUGAAGCCAAUACCGAUUCUGCCAACAUUUCAAUGGCUGCUGCUGCGACUGCUCGCCUGCACCCAGCAUUCCUGGAUCCCGAGCUUCUAGCCGAUGAGGCGACUGUUGCGGCCGUGACAGAGGCUGCGAGUCAAGCGAAUACAGCCGCUGUGGCCGCGGCUGCUGCUGCUGCCGUAGCUGCUGCCGUAGCCGAGAACAGCAAUAUCUCGACCCCUGAGCAGUCUGGGCUGGAGGACCAACCACCGCCGACGCCCACACCGCCUGCGCUUCCCGAGUCCCUGAUCCAGAGUUCUGGAAUUCCAGUCACUACCAUACCCAAUGCUCCUAUGAUUCCGGUAACGAGCGAUGCGCCGGCUUGGGUAGAUGGCAACUACGCGGCGGCUUCUUUUCAGAUGCCUCCGAACAGCCCGUUGCCUCAACCUCCUGCGCCCCACGCGAAGGGAGGGUUCCGCCUCGACACCGCCAAUGGUGCCAAGUCGCGACAUUCUCGCGCUCGGUUCAACCCUGACAGGAGAAAGGAGGUCCAGGAAGUCCGCAAGAUUGGAGCCUGCAUUCGUUGCCGCGUGCUGCGAAAGACGUGCUCUCAGGGUUCGCCCUGUGAUACCUGUCGCAAAGUGCUAUCACCUCGCGUGUGGCGCAAUGGGUGCGUGCGCACCAAGUUCUCAGAACAGUUGGACCUGUACUCUGCCGGAGUACAAAUAGUCCUCGCCCAGGCCCGGGUAAAUGGGAUCAAGCAUACUGUGGCUCUUCAACACCAUGGAAUCUUCAUUGAAGCUUGUCAUUUCCCGGACUACGAGUCUCGACUUCAGCUGCUCGUUCUACAGAGCGAGCCUGAGAGGGAUGCGGAGGGGAAGCUGCUUGAUGCAAGCAUAGCAGAAGACCAUCCCUCCAGCUACCACAUCGCCAUGCUUGACAACGACAACCAAGACGUUCCUGCUCGAGUGGAGACGUACAUGCGCGAGGUCUUGCCAGAAAUGAUUCGGCGCGAGCCAUCACAGUUUAUGCGCAUUACUUUGCAGACUGCCGUCGACGUUGCGACAAGAACCAAUGAUGAGCUUCUCAAGAAGUCCCUUGAGUUGUGGGGUCUGGUUGAAAUACUGGAUCGCGAGCGACAGUGGACCAUCACCGUCAAGAACGGGGAGAACGAGCUUCAGCCCAGGAUCAUCAAGGAAGAGACAGAUGGCGAAUUGUUCCAUACAAUCUGUCUUCAGCUUGCCGCGGCCACAGAGAGAAAAGCAGCGGCCACUAGCAAAGCGCUGUUGACUGGCAUGCAGCGUGUGCUGCAAGACAGCAAAGUCAAGAUUGACUACAACAUGUAUUUUGCCGUUUUGAUCUUGCUCAAUUGCGUGGAAAAGUCCAUCUGGGCUUUCCGGGCUUGGGAACAGCCGAACCUAAGGGGCCAGUGGCCGCUCGAGAAGGACCCAGGCAGCUUCGCCCAGCAGGGCUCCGUCAUCGCCGAGCUGUUGCACAUGUUGCUAGGGAUUCGUAAAGCGCUUCCACGCACAUCACGUCGGGAGUCUGAUGGGAAGUUGGUGACUGAUGAUGCGAACCCGUUGAUCCAGGCCUAUUUUGAGGCCAUUGACUUGGACUUUGCUACAGUAAAAGCCAAACAAGACCAACCGAACUUCUCGCCGACGGACCCCCGAUCAUUUGAGCUUCUCUUUUGCUCCACGCUUCUCUUGCCACCAUCCUCAGACUAG